GGGUUGGGUAACCAACAAAUUGAACAUUGAUCCUGGAGGAAACCCUCAUUCCCUCCCGCAGAAUACAGAGAGUUUCGAGGUUGUGCGCGCCCGCGAACGCGAAAGGGACACAGAAUAGAAAUCGGCGGGUGAAGUUCUUGGUUCAAGCUUUCCUCUGUGCUACCUAAUAUGGCGAAGCGCGAGCUUUCUAAUACAUUAAGAAACUUAAAGUUCAUGCAAAGGGCGGCUCAGAGAGAGGAGCAACCUAACAAAGAAGAAGAAGUAAAACCUGAUGAGAGUUUCUUUCCUUCGAGUUCUAUAAUCAAAAAGUGUGUGGUUUUAGUUGAAGGAGAUCCUCAUCCAGGGGCUCUUAAAGGUCGAAUGUCUUUUCAAAGCUUUAAUCCUUCUAUUGAUAAACUCAAUGAAGAAGUAGCUAGCUUAGGUCAGCAAGAAGUUCCCGCCUCUUCAUCUGGAAAUCACAGUGGAAACCUUUCAUCAAGAGAAAAUGGUUCUUCACAAAAUGAAGCAGUGUGCUCAAACAUUGGUGAAAAUGAUUACGAGGCUAAUGGGGACCUUAAAAGGAAACAAUCUGAAGUAGUGCCUGAACUUGAUGGACAGCAACAGCAUCAAACUAAAUUUCAAAAAAGUGUACGGGACAAUCAGCAGCCAUCAUUUAAUAACGGUAAACGAUUAUUCAAGAAACCAAAGGGUGGAAAGUUGGACUGGAAUGUUCUUAGACCCUCUAAGACUCCAAAUAAGAGCGGAUAAGCUUAUGUGGGUGAGUCUUUAGACGGGUGGAGAAUCCAGUUCCUAUGCUCUUAGGAAAUUGUCUGGAUUUCUUGCCAUAAUUGCUGGGCAUGUAGGACUGUUUAGAAUUGCCUGAUCAAUUAAUUGGAAGUGUCAAUUACCACCCCUUCUCUCAAAAAAUUAGAUGUUACACAUCUACCUCAUUUGAGUUCCUUAAUUCAUACGUUCCUGUAAUCCUGAUCAAGAAUGAAGGCCAGCACUUGGAGUAUUGUCUAAUUUCCUAAAAGAUUAGAUAUCUGCAAAAUUCAGUUGUAUUGCAAAUGGAAAAAUAUAGCGUACAAAUUAUAUUUUUUAGUGAGUGACAAGAGUGGAGAUUAAGUAAUGAUGGUAUGGUACGAGAUGGAGUAUAAUUAAUUUUUGACUCGUUAGAUUUCUGUGUUCAAGGUUGGUGUUUCCAUUUUCCCCCUCAGAGCAUUUUGGUUAUCCGCUUCA